AUGGCGGCGCCCCUUGCACAUUUCGAUGACGAGUGGCACGAUUUUAAGGAAUUUGAGCCGGUCUCAGAGCAGGGGACUCGGAUGGACCGAGUAAACUUGGUUGCCGAGCAGUUGACAGGCGUUCUGAGGGUCCUUCCAGAGCUCAACAACAGCUUUUCGGGCGAAAUAGGCAGCUUCAAGUCCAUGGAAGAGCUGGUGAACGAUUUCGACGAGAGAUUGACAGUGUGUUUCCGAAAUUUCAACACCCAAACGGAGAACAUCGCCCCUGUAAACAUUAUCACCGAGGAUACAACGUUGAGGAACGACGAGAUCUGGAAUGCUCUCGCAGAUAAUUAUGGUAAUGUCAUGGCAGUGGAUUGGAAACAGUCUCGAACGCGCUCCCUCCAUCUCCCCGCUCUAAACCUCAAAGACAAACCAAGGGUGGAUGAUGUAACACUGGAGCUGUCCGACGAUGAGCUGAGGGAACAGAUGGACAUGCACACCAUCAUCGUCUCCUGCCUCAAUGACGAACCCCUCUUCACUGCAGAACAGGUUAUUGAGGAGAUAGAGGAGAUGAUGCAGGACUCUCCUGACCUGGGGGCAGAGCAGAACCACCCCUCUCAGUCAGACCUCGCCAUGCUCUCUCUGGACAUCCAGCGCCCCAGAACAAACCAUAGCUAUGAAGAGCGAGAGAGGACCCUGUGUGUAGCAGAGCUGAAUGAGCGGCUAGAGGAGGUGGAGAUGGCCAUCAGACAUUACGGUGAGGAGCUGAUUCAACACCUGGCCCUCAGGGACGAGCUGGACUUUGAAAAAGAGGUGAAGAACAGCUUCAUCUCUAUCCUGAUAGAUGUGCAGAACAGACAGAAGGAACACAGGGAACUACUGAAGAAAAAGAAAAAACUCAAGAGUGGUGCCGGGGCCCGGCAGGGCCGACCAGAGAGAACACAAGCACUAGGAUCAUAUCUGACCACAGUCAUUCCAUAUGAGAAGAAAGGAGGUCCUCCAUCGGUGGAAGAUCUUCAGAUCCUUACCCAAAUCCUGCAAGCUAUGAGAGACGACAGUGACAAGGUGCCCAGGCUUCUGACAGACUACAUUCUCAAAGUGCUUUGCCCAACAUAGGCUGGAAGGACGAUAACGGACCUUUUUGGAAACGAGGUGAGGGGUCUGGUUUCAAUGUCAACAAGCAAAAUGAAGAGGACUCAGUCCGUGUAUAAAAAAUAAAAACAUAAACACACUUAAUUUAUUCUUUAUGAUGCAUGGUAUUUUACCUCAAGUUGCUCCUUUUUGU